AUGGCGAUCGCGAUUCUAAUCUUUUCUUUGUACUCCAUUUUUUCUUCUGUUUUCUUCUCUCCGCCGCCAAUGGUGGCGCGAGGGUUUAAGGAGGCGGACGGAGGGGGAAAAUUGAGGUUUAUGCGGUGGCUUGAGUUGAAAUGGGCCAAUAUGGAGGAUUGGGCUUUCGAGGCCCAAGACAAGGUAACCGCUCUUCAGUUUUUCAAAAUUCAGUUACUCAAAGUCUUUAGUUUGAUUGAAGAAAUAGAAAAGAAGAUAAAAACAAUGGAACCUACUAAUUCCCAAGGGAGUGAAGUUGAUUUUCCAAUGGAAGCAAUUGCACUUUCAACUCCACCGAAGACGAAAGCGCCGGCCAAGCAAGAAUCCGAGGACGGCGGAGGAAAUAAAUCCGAAGGAGAAAACAAGACUGCAAAAAGAUUGGGAAAUAUUUUGGUUACAGUAAAGGGGAAAUUUGCAGCAAUUAUAAAACUUGUUGAGGAUAAAUGGCUAAAACAAUGCGGCUUCUCUGCUUAUUCUGACACAACAAGGGCUUACCAGAUUUGGCCAGGGAACAAUGUGUUUCUCUUCCAUGGGCGGCUAGUGUGUGGGCCGGAUCCUAGAGGAUUACUGUUGACAACUGUUUCAAUAGUAAUCACAAGUUGGAUCUUUGCUGUGUAUAAUGAUGAUGAUUUACGACUCCAUUCUACUCUUAUUGUCACACUCUCUUUGAUUCUCACAACAAGUGUACUUGUCAACUUGUUUCUAGUGAGUUCAACUGAUCCAGGGAUUAUUGCCAGAAACUAUCAAACACCUUUGGAGGAAAUCGGUACGAGCGAAGGUAGCAGAAGAAAGAAAGUAACAAUCAAUGGUGUGGAAUUAAAACUCAAAUACUGCGGAAUUUGCAAGAUUUUUAGGCCUCCAAGGAGUUGCCAUUGUGCCAUCUGCAACAACUGUGUAGAGAAAUUCGACCACCAUUGCCCAUGGAUUGGACAAUGUGUUGCACUGCGAAACUAUCGAUUCUACAUGACAUUUGUGAUCUCUGCUUUGAAUUUCUUUAUCUAUAUAUUCGUAUUCUCUUUCUGGAGAAUCCAACGAAGAAUGUCUAGGAUUGGCUCUGGAUUGAUUGGGAUGCUUAUGAACUGUCCUGAAACACUGGCACUAGUUUUGUUCAGUUUCGCUGCUAUUUGGUUCCUGGGCGGCCUUGCUAUCUUCCAUGUCUACUUAAUUGCCAUUAAUCAGACUGCAUAUGAGAAUUUCAGACAAUUCUAUGUGGGGUGUCGAAAUCCAUUUGAUAAGGGAAUUUUAAGUAAUAUUAAGGAGGCUUUAUUUUCAGCAUUGCCUCCUUCUGGAGUUGAUUUUCGUGAAGUAGUACCAAGUGGACAUCCAAAUGCCGCAAGAGAACUGGUGUAAGUGUAAUAUUAAGAAGGUGACAAUCUUUUUGAUCAUGAAUUUGUAUAUGUUAUAUAUCAUUUCAGAUUGAAUUUAUUAAUGAAUGAUAUUAUAAAAAUAAAUUUGUAUAUCAACAAUAAUUAUUAUUAUUAUUAUUAUUAUUAUUUUGUUUUUGCAGCACUGCCUAUUUUCA